GGUCCUUCCCGGGAGGGGGGGAGGCGGGCUGGGGGCGGGGGCCCAUGUGACCGGCUCAGACCGGUUCUGGAGACAAAAGGGGCCGCGGCGGCCGGAGCGGGACAGGACGCGCGGGAGGGAGCCAAAGCUGUGCGGGCACCGAGCGAGAUGCAGCACCGAGGCGCCCUCCUCUUCCUCGCGCUCCUCACCCUUCUGGCGCUCACCUCCGCGGCGGCCAAAAAGAAAGACAAAGUGAAGAAGGGCGGCCUGAGCGGCGAGUGCGCCGAGUGGACUUGGGGGCCCUGCACCCCCAGCAGCAAGGACUGCGGCGAGGGCUUCCGCGAGGGCACCUGCGGGACCCGGACGGAGCGCUUCCGCUGCCGGGUGCCCUGCAACUGGAAGAAGGAGUUUGGAGCCGACUGCAAGUACAAGUUUGAGAACUGGGGAGCCUGUGAUGGGGGCUCAGGCACCAAGGCCCGCCAGGGCACCCUGAAGAAGGCGCGGUACAAUGCGCAGUGCCAGGAGACCAUUCGCGUGACCAAGCCCUGCACCCCCAAGACCAAAGCCAAGGCCAAAGCCAAAAAAGGGAAGGGGAAGGACUAGAAGCCAGGCCUGGAUGCCAAGGAGCCUCUCAAGGGCCCAAGCCCUCCUUCGCCCACCCAAGCCAUCACCUACCAGUGCCUUCUGUCUCUUAGCUUUAUCAGUCCUGCCUGCUGCUUCCCUGGCCCUCCCAGGCACCCAAAUGCCCAGAGUGGAGAGGGACAAGGGAUUCUGGGAAAUGAGCCUUCUCUCCCAAAAGGAUUUGCUUCCCACAUCCCCUUUUGCCCUUCCCCGACACUCCUAAAAUACAAAAUAAACCAAACUUGUUUUUCCCAAUAAAA